GUCUGACUCGCUGUCAGAGAGCUCAGGCUCACACGCUGCUCUCUGGUUGGAUGAAAGGAUCUGACAUCAUCAACAAGUCACCUCACCGACCGGAGUGUCCCAGCUGGUGUGAGCUGCGGGGCCUCCAGUGUCGCCCCGACGGCUCCUUCAUCCCGCUGCAGUGUGACGUCACUUCCUGUUGGUGCGUCUCCGAGGCCGGGCAGGAAGUGGGCGGGACCCGAACGCCCCGACAGACGGGCCGGAUGCCGUCAUGUGACCACCCUCUCUGUCCCGACUCCACCGUUACCCAUGGUGCACUGGUGUGCCGCCCGGCGGACGCCGACGGUCGCCUCAGCUGCGACCUCGUCUGUCACCGUGGUUACAAGAACUCACUUCCUGUCAGAAGCUUCCUGUGCCGGACAGAGAGCCGGCAAUGGGACGGAGACGAGGGGCCGCUGGGAGGAGCCUGUCAGAUCUCUCAGCCUCUCCAGAUGGUGUCGUCCUCUCAGCUCUGGUCAUUGUCGUCGUCCUGCUCUCAGAUCAGCGGUUUAAAAUCUCUGUUGUUCACCACGAUGACCAGCAGGGGGCUCUGCUCUGCUCAGCUUCCCGUGUCCGGUCGCUCCGUGUCUCUGUGUGACGACUCGUCGGUGCAUCUGAUGUGUGACGAUGACGACACGCUGAAGUUCACCGUCACCUGGACCGCCCACCUGUCCGACCUCCCGACCUCUGACCUCCCAGACCUCCACGACAUCGGUCUGUUCCUGAAUGAGUCCAGACUCCUGGAGGGCGUUCAGGGACUUCUGGGUAAUAUUAAAAUCCGCUCCGUGCUUUCGUCAGAGCCCAAACUUGUUUCCGUGACGACAGCGAGCUUCGGGUGUUCCCAUGGUUACCACCUGGACAGCGACGGUGAAGGCUGCGUCGUCUGUCCCGCUGGGAGUUACUCCAAGGAGGGGGCGUGUCUUCUGUGUCCUCAGGGAACCUAUCAGGAUGAAGAGGGGCGGGACUUCUGCGACAGGUGUCCCAGAGGCUCCUCCCCUAGCGGAGCGUCAUCCGUCAAUCAAUGUGUGACCGAGUGCCAGAGGCGGGGCCUGCAGUGUUCAGAGCGAGGCGACUUCCUGUCAGCGCAGCCUGACUUCCUGUCCGGCAGGUGGAGGUGUUUCGACAGCAAGGGGGCGGAGCUUGAGUGGACCAACAGUGACACGCCUCUGACUGAUGACCAGUGCUCAGUUCUCAGCAGGUUUCAGGCUGUUCCUGGAUCAGAUCUGAUUGUCGGAGCUGAAGACACUGAAGUCCUGCAAACAAUGACCUCUGACCUCACAUCCUGUGUCCAAGCGUGUGCAGUGGAGCCGUCCUGCCACCAUGUGGCGCUGUUCAACCAGCAGACUCAGUGUGAACUGUACAGCACACACACACUGAACACACACUGCAACACCUCCCAGCAGACCAGCGGGUUUCUGGGUAAUCCUCAGGCCGAGCUCUUUGAUUGGCUGAGCUGCUCUCUGAGAGUGAGGGGCGGAGCUUCAGACCUGCUGGUCAUCAGGAAGAAAGGUGUGGAGUUCUCCUCUCGUCAGCAGCAGAGCUUUGAGAGGAUGAUGAUGAUGAAGGUGGUCUCAGGUGUGUUCAGGACUCAGGUGUUCUCCUCCAGAGGAACCUCUCUCUCUGAUGCUCACCGUUUCUGUCAGGAUGGCUGCAGCCGCGACACCUGCUGUGACGGGUUCAUCCUCAACCAGAACAUCCUGAACGGAGGGUCUCUGCUCUGUGGUUGGCUGAGAGCUCCGUCAGUCUUGAUGUGUGGGGACCAGGACUGGGAUGUGAUUGGACAGGGAACAGCCAAUCGCAUCUGUGGGGCGGGGCUAACCUACAACGAGCAGCAGAGGAGCUUCGUGUUUGACUUCGGAGGACAAAAGUUCACCAUCAGUAAGAACUACAAAACUGCGAAUCAGCCAAUGGGAGGACUGUUACUGCCUCGUAUCUCUGGUGGACUUCCCAGACACGCCGCAAAGCUUCAUGUGUUAAAGCUGCAUUCUCUCUAG